GUGCGCUUGGGAAAAUCCCUGCGCACGUUUUAUGACGGGUGGCAAAAAAGGUUCGUAAAGGGAGUAAAAGUGCGUCUCUCGGAUUCGUGCGUAAAAACAUCGAGGAAAGAUUGUCAGUUAUAUUAGAAACUAGAUUUUAUUCUUUUAUUUUGAAUAUUUGCGCUUCUAGUAUGGCGGACGGUAUAUCUACGUAACACUAUUCGAGUGGAAAUUGGGUACGGCACGCCGUACUUGAAAUCCGGUCCUGAUCAGGGGAAACUUCAGGCUCCUGAUCAAGCUUGUAAUGAUGCGCUAACCCGACCCGGAUUUGCUUGCCUAGAUUUAGAAAAUAUGUAAACUGUAGCAGACUCCUACGAUACAAUUUAUAGGUUUAAUGUAAUAUUAAGGGUACAGUAGAGGACACCUGAAGUAACGUAAAUCUUAUGAGAAUAUAAAAGUAGUCCUAACCUAUAUGUGAUUACAAUAGCUUUGAUUUUGUUAGGAAAUAUAUUUUGUGUGUUAACUCCGAAAUAAUUUGUUGUAUGUGAAAAAAUGAGUGAACGAAACAAGUUGAGAGUUCGCAAUUAUCGAAUGAAGCAAAAGUUGAAAAAAGACAUGCUUGAAAAAGAAGCUUGAGAUAAUGCAGUAGUGCCAAAGAAGAUUUUGCAUGUAGAGAGUAGUAAAAUUCUAGUAGAGCAAGUUCAGGAAGUAGAAGACAUAAAAAACAUUGUUAAGAAUCAGAUACAGAUGCACCUGUUAUAGCAAAGAAGUAUAAUAAUGGUGAAUUAGUAGAAUAGGCGAAUCUUAGAAGAUUUUCAUCGGAUGAAGAGACUGAUUCUGGUGAUAGUGAUAAGAAUUAUUUAGAUGCAGCUGAACAAUUUAUUGAGACAGAUUUUGUAAAAGAGUUGAAGAAAUGGUUUUUUACGUUUUCCAUUCCUAAUACUCAUCUAGAUGCUUUAUUGAAAACAUUGAAACCGUAUCAUUCUGAACUUCCUGCAUGUGCAAAAACAUUUUUAAAAACAGGUCAAAAAAAACUAUUUGAAAUUAAGAAUUUUAAAGAAAAUGAUCCGGAAGACGAAGCCAAAUUUGUUUACAUAGAAAACUUAUUUUGGCUGCAAUAUAAAUACUCAAGAGAAAAAUGUAGCUGCCAAAGUUAUAACUCCUAUUUUCAAAACUUUCUUUUCUAAAGAUCUUGUUAGAAAAUUUACUGCUCAAAAAAAAAGUAAAGAUAAGUACAUUUUUAAAGAUUCUAAGUUUUACGACUGCUUGUUUGAUGCAAUGCAGAAUGCAUAUAGUAAGAAGGGACAAACAGUGACAAAUGCUGAUUUACUGGGACUGAUUGGAACUGUUAUAAACAAUGCUGCUGAUUGGGAUCGAGGUCAUGACAGCAGACAAAGAACUCGGGAUCAAGAUAGUGUUGGCAAUGACGUUUAAAAUAUUAAUAAUUAAAAUUUGACUAUUUUUAUAUAUUUUAGUUACAUAUACGUUUUAAUGUAAUUUAUGUUCUAUAAAUGGCUCACGACGUACUUAAUAAAUAGUUUAACCUUUGUACAACAUUAUUUGGCAUUUAUUAUAUUAGAGUAAGAUGAUAAUAAGAAAAUGAUUUAGUAUACUUCAGGAUUUUAUCUGGCCCGGAUCCGGUACUGUAUUAGUCUAUACAAGUAAACUUCAGGUAGGGUAAACUAGGCAUGAUAAAGCCCGUAACAUUGUCUGAUUUGUCAAUUUUUUUCUCGGGCCGGAUUUGCGCAUCAUUACACCCGUGCUACGACCCAUAUCCGAUUCCUAGCUUGGCACGGAUCAGUACCCUAACUCUCCUGAUCCGACCCUGACCUUACCCGUAGGAUUGAUUCUAUAUAUACCGAAUAGAACGCCACCAUUAAAACCGGGGAUAACUCGCGACUCUCACACUAGGCGCGACGCGCGAAUUUCAAACGCAUAUUACAAAAACGUUGAAACUCGAAAACUCGGGAAGCCCUAGAGAACUGUAGAAUAUAGGAUUAUCACUCGUCUCUCAGGAGGCUAUAGGACAGUAAAACCGUGGAGCGGAGAAAAGCAUAAGCAGCCAUAAAACAGAGACCCAAUUCGAGGACUAAUGACGGUUUAAGGGAAAUCCCAACGCCGUCCAACGGCGCGGAGAGCGCAGCAGCACAGCAGAGCCAGGUCAACGCGCGCGUUCGCCGCCGACUUUGCGACGGACCUUUCCACCACUCCAGCCACCCACGCGUACCCUCCCCCAGGGCCUCAAAACACCAUCGACGAGGGAGAAACCGAGGGGAGAUGCUCCAGAACGAGAGAACAUCAAGCAGACCACUCCGAGACGCGUUCCGAUCCACAUCAUAUUUCUGUAACCUGCAGUCGAAUAAACGCAAGACCUAGUACAUCAUUUUAAGUCCUGCUUACUGUCAAUUCAGUUUGUUUCCAUUACCGAAUAGAAUCCUGCUAAGAUCAAUUCCUUUCUUUCACACAACUCCAGCUCGGUCGACGAAACAUAAUCAAUUUGAAUUGCGCGCGCGAAUCACGCUACCAUUUUGGCCAAACGAACGCACUGGGUUAUUACACCGUUGAAAUUAUUGCCAUCAAUGCUGCCGACUGCCCGACUGGAAACAGACUUACAGCGCAUAUUAGGACCAGAUCAGGCGCCUCCUGAAAAUUAGGAAUGUUGACAUGGAAGCUCAACCUAGAGGGCGUCUUGGUUCCCAGCCCCAAAACCGUGCGAAGGUGUUAAAUGUAUAUCUAUAUAUACGCUCACGCAUGCGCAGCAGACCAAACUUGGCAGCAAAGCGUCGGUUCUCCGCUACUCGUGAAACAGAAAACAAACAGACGACGCUGUGCAGUGCACCUAUACAGUUCACUUUAGAAUGCCACAUUCAGGCCUGUGCCUAGCUUAGAGCAUAUAUAUACAUGGAGGUAGCACGUCGUACUCUGAAAGCGUGAUCCGUGUAGAGAGAGACAGAGAUAGUUUAGGUAGAGUCUUUCUCUCUUGCACACUACUCUGAUUGGCUAAUACGUUUCCCCCCAAAUGUAAAUACAUAAUUUCUUGUGUCUGCUUUCCAAGAUUUUAUUUAUGCUUAUUUUUAAGUUAUUUGUAAAUUCAUUUCUAAAAUGACAAAGAAAUGUUGUAUUCCAUCAUGUAAAGUUGAAAGUGAUCAACCACAAGGUCGUGAUUUAACUUUUCACAUGAUACCUAGUGAAAAAAAUAUCAGAGAAAAAUGGAUUAAUAUUUUGCGGACCAAAUGCAAUAUAAUAUUAAAAAAAUAUUUCUACAUAUGCUGUUUACACUUUGAACCGGAGUGUUUUUAUUAUAGUGGCUUGUGUCAAAAUAGAAGAUUAAAAAAAGGAUCGUGUCCUACAUUAUUUUUAGAUUCUACACACGAAAGCUUGGGUAAUAAUGAAGAUGCUCAAUCAGAUAAUUAUUCAGAAAUAGAGAGCAAUGUAGAAAAUGAACACACUCCUGAUUUGGCAGCAGAAAUGUCACUACCGACCUCUCCAUCAGUUAGUACAAUUACUAAUAUGCAACAAGCAAAUAAGGAUAACAUGAUUACACGAAAAUUGGAGAAUAAUAGUGCAAUCCACAAUCGUACAAAAUCUAUAUUGAACACAGAUGUGAACUCUUUAAAUGUACCUGAAAAAAUAAAAAGCAUUAUAAAUCGUGCUAAGACAGAGAUAGUUGGACUUCGUCGAAGAAACCGUCAGCUACAGAUGAAAUUGUACCGCAGCAGGAAAAGAGUCAAGAGUGCAUCUUCCUUGUUUUCUCACAUGAGAAAGCGUAAACUUAUUAGAAAACAUCUAAAUGAGUUACUUGAAGUGAGUAUUAGUAGCAACUUAAAUGCUCCAUUAAACAGAGACUCGUAGAAGUCAUCAUCUGUUCUAAUAAUGUUUUAUUCGUGUAUUAUAUCUUCAUAGAGUCAUUGUUCACUGGAACUAUGGAAUAUCUAUUUUGUGUAAUUUUUUUGUGAAUAAGUUAUACAAAUGAUCAUGUCCUUAAUUAUUUAAUCAUGUAAUAAUUCAGAUCUCUUUAAAGAAUUUUGUGAUAUGUAUACAUAUAUUUUAAUUAUAUUUCUAACAUAUGAAUGUAAAAAGUAUAUGACAUAAACCAACAAAAUCAUAUUGAUAUGCAUAUUAAAUAUUGUUCAAUAUUUUUAUGUAUAUCUAUUAUUACAGCAUAUUUUGUAAAACACACUGAACUAAAUUUUUUAUUUAAAAAAGGUCAAUUAUAAAAGAUCUUUUAUUUUUAAUCUGAUUAUAAUUUUUAAAAUGUAUUAUAAGUUUAUAAUCUUGUAAUAAGUAAGAAGUAUUUGUACAUAGAUAUAUUACAAUAGUAUAUGGAUAAAUGAGAUAUUGGCAUUGUAAAUGAAGUAACUUAGUGAGAAAGUGUCGUAUUAAAAAAUAAAAAAAGCAUUUGCUUAUGCUUGUCAUGGUAUUUACAACAAUAAAUAUUCAAUUAAUCAUGUACUAUACUAAAUAAGUAUAAUGAUUUACAUUUAUUGCAAAGUAUGAAUGAGACACAUGAACAUUUAUACAUAUAUACAAAAGAAAUUGUUUAUUUAUAAGCGAUUAAUAUCAAUAAAACAAUUAUUUU